AUGGACACCCCGAGGGUCCAAGAAGGGCUAGAGGCAUCCCGCGAGUUGAACUGCGCUCGCAGCCGCCAAGGCAUAGCCAGGGCCCCGAAGCACCUGUGGCGGCAGCCCCGGCGCCCCAUCCGCAUCCAGCAGCGCUUCCACUCAGACCCGGACAAGUCUGUGGGCCGCAGGGAGCGGGACUUGAGCCUGCGGCCGGCCCUCGAGAAGUCGCGGCGCUCCUGGCCCACCUCCUUCCGCAGGCGCUUGGACCUGGAAAAUGGGCUCCAGUGUGGGAGAAGCAUCCUGGACCCUCAGGCCGGGUCUGGCUUUGGCCGGAUCGCUCAGGCGCCUGCGCAGCACAGUCAGAGGCGAGAGUCGUUCCUCUACCGCUCGGACAGUGACCACGAACUCUCAUCCAAAACCAUGUCUCGGAACUCCUCUGUGGCCAGCGACCUACACGGAGAAGACCUGAUUGUGACGCCCUUUGCCCAGGUCCUAGCCAGUCUGCGGACAGUUCGGAGCAACGUUGCGGCCCUUGCCCACUUGCAAGAUCGCGGGGCAGCCAAGCAGGCGUGCGUCUGUAACACCCCAUCUGGCAGCCAACCCCCUCCACCAACAGAAGACACUGGGCAGAAGCUGGCUUUGGAGACACUGGACGAGCUGGACUGGUGUCUGGAUCAGCUGGAGACAUUGCAGACGCGGCACUCAGUGGGGGAGAUGGCCUCCAACAAGUUCAAGCGGAUGCUGAACCGGGAGCUGACUCACCUGUCUGAAACCAGCCGCUCAGGGAACCAAGUGUCCGAGUACAUAUCCCAAACCUUCCUGGAGCAGCGGACUGAGGUGGAGUUAUCCAUGGCAACCCCUGCAGAGCCCCUGAAGCCCGUGUCCCAGAUCAGCAGCCUGCGUGGACUUCCCCACAGUUCCAGUCUUUCCACAGCCACUGUCCCACGCUUUGGGGUCCAGACGGAUCAGGAGGGGCAACUGGCCAAGGAACUGGAAGACACCAACAAGUGGGGGCUUGAUGUGUUCAAGGUGGCAGAGCUCAGUGGGAACCGGCCUCUCACAGCGAUCAUGUUCAGCAUCUUUCAGGAACGGGACCUGCUCAAGACAUUUCAGAUCCCAGCAGACACGCUUGCCACCUACCUACUGAUGCUGGAGGGUCACUACCACAACGAUGUGGCCUACCACAACAGCCUACAUGCUGCUGAUGUGACCCAGUCCACACACGUGCUGCUGGCCACACCUGCGCUUGAGGCCGUGUUCACAGACCUGGAAGUCCUGGCUGCCAUCUUUGCAAGUGCCAUCCAUGACGUGGACCAUCCGGGGGUCUCCAAUCAGUUUCUCAUUAACACCAACUCAGAGCUUGCACUUAUGUACAAUGAUGCCUCCGUGCUGGAGAACCACCACCUGGCUGUGGGCUUCAAGCUGCUGCAAGCAGAGAACUGUGACAUCUUUCAGAACCUCAGCACCAAGCAGCGGCUGAGUCUGCGCAGGAUGGUCAUUGACAUAGUGCUGGCCACAGACAUGUCCAAACACAUGAACCUCCUGGCUGACCUCAAGACCAUGGUGGAGACCAAGAAGGUGACAAGUCUUGGAGUCUUGCUGCUAGACAACUACUCUGACCGCAUCCAGGUCUUGCAAAGCCUGGUACACUGUGCUGACCUCAGCAACCCCACCAAGCCGCUCCCACUCUACCGCCAGUGGACGGACCGUAUCAUGGCCGAGUUCUUCCAGCAGGGCGACUCUGAACGGGAAUCAGGCCUGGACAUCAGCCCCAUGUGUGAUAAGCACACAGCUUCAGUGGAGAAGUCCCAGGUGGGUUUCAUUGACUAUAUUGCACAUCCACUGUGGGAGACAUGGGCUGACCUGGUACACCCAGAUGCACAGGACCUGCUGGACACUCUGGAGGACAACCGCGAGUGGUACCAGAGCAAGAUCCCACGCAGCCCUGAGGACCCCACCAGCCCCAAGCAGGGUAGCCCUGACAGAUUUCAGUUUCAGCUCACUCUGGAGGAGGCAGAAGAAGAGGAGGAAGAAGAGGAGGAAGCUUUGGAUGGGGAGGCCUCAAAGCCACCUGACACUGAGCUCCUACCCUCUGAGGCCAGCCCAGACCCUGGAGCUAGCUCAGACCCUGGGGCCCCACACCUGGAUUACCAGAGGACUGUGGGCAAGCCCUGCAUGGACCAUGAGGGCAAUGUAAUGGCUGAGCCUUUGGGCACCUAA